UCGAUCUUUGAACGGUAUACCCCGGAUCAUAUAUAUCGCUACUGCUUAACAUUGCCAGACGAUCAGGCAAGAUUCAUAACUUGCACUGCCUUCUAAGAAUAUUGGUAACUCCUUCUUCAACAGCAGCAACGACUACAUUCCUCGAAGCCUACGAUGCACUCUGUAAUGACUACCGUGAAUAUAUGGAUUCCUUUGUCCGACAUUCGAUUUACCCUGGACCUGCCUUGGUGCAAGGAUCUCUUCCGUUGAUGAAUGUCCGGCGUCGUAUAUCAGACGUCGUCUCUAUGAUCCGGGAGCAAGAAUUCUCUCUACGGGUCUCAUGGCUGCAUCCCGAAACUAUCGAUAGAUUAGGUCGCACUAUUCUCUCCCUCUCACCUAAGGCCUUGAAUCCAAGUGAUAGCCGGGCAGAUCCAGUUGUGGUUGCCAUAUACAUUGACGACAAUCUUAUUUUCUACUCCGCCCAGGGAUACGAAACUCUAUUUAAGGAGAUCCGAUAUAAGAAUCAAUUUGAAAAUAUUCAGGAUAUGGCAUACACAGUCCGCAAAUUCGGUCACUCUUCUUUGCUCAUCGGUAUCACGACCAUGGACUCUCAGGUUAAUUGGAGGAGGAACUUCUUUACUACCGACGCCCAUUUCCAUCAGUCAACGGAACAGGCUUUCAAAGCUGCGCACAAGGUCCCUGACAACAAGAAUAUCGACGCCGGAGGUGGCUUCCCGCUCUUUGACGGAGGCGGUCGCCUAGUCGGCGUGAUUUGCGUCAGCGGUCUUGGGGAUGCCAAAAAUCACGAUCUAAUAGUAAGGGGUAUCAGGAAGUACCUUCAUAAACCAGAAGAUGUCUCUCAGAAAACAGAAGAGGUCUCUCAGAAAACAGAAGAGGUUCUUCAAUGAAAUUGCUAGUCGAAUCAUACAACCCACGCUUGAUCAAACCAAUAUAAGCAAGAACAAAACGAAAACCGUAAAAAAUUGCUUAAAAGCAAUAUCAAUUAUCAGAAAUCAAGUGUGUCAAGUACCAAGUUGGGAUGGUCGGUGUCAGCGGUCUGCC